ACCGCCCCGGCAGAAACAAAAACUUUGGAAAGUCCACACAUCGUCACUUUGCUGAAUGCAGCCACAUUCCCGCCAGUGGAUUACAAAGCCUAACUAUUAUUCAAGAGAGCCACCUAUUUUAAAACAUCAUUGUCUCCCUGCCACCGGACAAGGACACUUGAACCACUGACCGAGCACCUUCACACUGCAGAAGCUGAGAUCCCGCGUUUACAGAAAACUUUAAGUGAUGGAGGGAUACCUGAUGAGAUUCGGUCUGCUUCUGUGCAUCGCCCUUGCAGCCUCCUCAUCAAUUCAGACAUGCGGACCGCAACAACAACAGACGAUCUACGUGAGAGAGAUGCUGAUGGGCUGUUGGACCGAUUUUGUCAGAGGAGACAAAGCGGAGGUCCACAUCCUCAACCUGAUUUGGACCAAGGAUACUUCAUUCUUCACUCUUCACGUGAACAUUUCAAAACCAGCGAUUCUUAUCAUUUCAUCGUCAAAAAUGGCUUAUGCUAACUGCGACUCCUGCGAAGGCGUGAAAGUUUAUGUAAAUAAUUCCACAAUUACGCUGUUUAAUCCGCAUCUGAACAAUAUCCACAAAGAAGAAAUCCCCCAUCAAAAUGAGGAACUUAUCAAGUGGGCAGAACAAAAAUUUGAGGGUGUGACUUCAUUCACUACUGUUAAAAAUCCCGAUAAAAUCACACUAAUAGACGCACAAGGAACUAAACCUACUGCUGGUCCUAUGGAUUGUGUACUUAACAAUGAAGACAUCUCAGAAAAGCACUUUAUGAAGAUUGACAUGGUUCCAGAUAAGAUCACGUCUUGUACACUGAAAUCACAAAACCCAGGCCACGAGGAGAUUCAUGUCAUAAACAUUCCAGAUAGUUCUCCUGUUCGCAAUGUAUCCUUGCUCGUUAAAACUCAGGGCAUUUCUUUCUUCCUGAGAGGUCCUCCAGGCACCACAUGGACCUUCCUCAACACAGGCUUUUUGAAGCUUGGCUCUAACAACGACGUCCAGAUGCAAGUUUUCACAAAAAAAGUUACACUACCUAAAUAUAAUGGUACAGUGAGUGGUGACAAAGCAGAGGUUGUACAGAAAAUGGCUUUGGAAUAUUUCAAAGUGAGUUAUUUCACCAGCUACAGUGAAAUUACACUGGAUGCAUCAACCAUUUCUCUAGUGAUUGAAAAACAACACAAUUUACCAGAGAGAUUUCCUUCAGUCAUAGAAGAAAUGGGAAAAAGUAUGAUUCCCAAAACAACUGAUGCCCCGAAUCAGAUGCUUCUGAACAUCCAUCUGUACACCUCCCCAGAUUAUCGCUUUCCCUUAGACCCUCUAACCAGAUUGCAGACUAACAAGAGAAUCUACGCACUGAUAUCUACAAACACUAUAGGUGACAUGAAAAUGGCCCUCAAGGUCAUUGGCUGCAGCAUAAGGCCAAAGGCCUCAUCCUCUGCAGAGAAAGAGCUCCGGAUCUUCUCAGAGUCCUGCACCGAAGGCCCCUGUCACAACAGUGCUCGGCUCAGCUUCUCCUUAGAUCAGAUGCCAGAGGGGACGUCCAGCACAUGGGUUCUACAAUGCUCUAUCAAGCUGUGUUCCUCUGACCACUUACCUCAGAGUGAGAUCUGUGAGGAUAAAGUGAGGACAGCAGAGGAGAAUCUGGAGGUUAUGCAGUCAUGCCAAUCACAGGAUCAGCCAUGCUUUGAUUUUGGCCUGUCAGGUGUUCUUGGAAUUGCUUUUGGAGGGUUCCUGAUUGGAGUGUUACUUAUUGGAGCAUUGUGGUUUAUCAAGAUUAAAACAGGGUAUCCAGUUGGACUUGACAUGAGAUCACCUGCUGCCAGUUUUCCUGGAUGUCCCUGUUCAAGAGCAAAGCGACAACCUGUUUCUUCAAACACAUCACCCUCUGAGAAUAGCAGCGCGAAUGCUAGCAUUGGAAGCACUCAAAGCACACCGACCAGCAGCAUGGCAUAAGAUCCUUAAAAAAAAAAAGCAUUUGUCCAUACCCUGCUCUGUUUAAAUUGUUGCUUAAAAAGCACAACUGAUUGUAUUUGACAUACCAUGUCUAAAGUGGGUUUGAUCUGGGAGUCUGUAGUUAGAUGUGGAGAAAGAAUGAAUGAUGAGGAACCAAAGUUUUGAUAUUAGUUUUUAAUGCUUUCCUUUGUAGCCUCUCUGUAAAUUCAAAUUCCUCAGCCAGGAUGUUACAGAGGACAAAAAGGGGAAAAAAAAAAAAAAAAAAAAAUUGGCUCCCAGCAACAGGAAAAACAAACCAUAUCCCCCUAAGAGCUAACAGGAAAUUCACAACAUUCUUUCCAAUGAAUUGUGCUUGUGUGAUGGGAGCACAAUAAUAGUUAUCCAGGAGACAAACCAGUCCAAAGACAAGCUUUGAAAAACAGAUGAAAAGAUGUUUUGCGAACAUUUAAGAAACAAAAAUAUGACAGGUUGUGUGCUAGGUCAGUCCAGAGAAAUUCAUCAACAACAUCAAGGGAUCUGACGUUCUGCGUAUUAGCAUUUCCAAAUAGACAAAGGAAUACUUCCUUGUAUGAUGUUAGACUAAUUUGCAGUCCAAGGACCAUGGUUUUAUUGCUACCUCUUAUUGAGUAGAAAUCUGGAGCUAAGGUAAAACUUAAAACUAGGUUUCUGUAGUGAAGUUAUUAUUAUUUUUUUUUUCCUUUUUAAUUUACUGUCAUUUCUUGCUACCAUAUUAAAACCCUAAAGUGGCCCUAUGGGCCAUUUGUAGUUCACAAAAUAACUUAUGAUGCCAUUGUCUUGUUAUCCAGUGGAUAAAUAAGUGUCAUCAUAUUGUUUUUCCAUAGCACUCAGUUCGGAUUAGAUUUGAACAACAUUUAGUAAUAAAUCAGCAAAACUAAAUGAUAAGAGAAUACAUUUAAUGUAGACUAACAUGGAUUUUGUUACUUACAUGAGCUGAGGAUGCAUCACUAUUUUGUUGCGGAGUACCAUUUUCCAAUAUGUAUUCCUGUAUUCAGAGCUGAGUAGUGUUUGUAGAGAUUCACCAAGUUACUACAUUUUGAUUUCCAGGCAUCACAUUGUUGCAUCUUACCAUUUAACACCCAUCCCUGGACUCCAGGUGGAGUCCCCCCUCAUCCCAAUAAGUGUUGAAGUUAAAUUUCAGUAGUUUUCCUUUGCAUAACACCCAUUGUCACCAGUAACACCAGUUCUUCACCAGAACUUACCAACCUACUGUGCACGUUUUAGGUCUGUGGAACAGACCUUCGUAUGAUGAAUUCAAGUCCUGUAUUAUGAUUUUCAUUACACUGUUAACCUUAUAGAUUUUUUUGUUGUUGUACAGAUUUAAAAACCAAGAUUUGAUCAUUAUUAUAACCUCUUUCCUUCUAUUGAUUUUCCUUUUCUCGGAAUAUAGCUAUUCUCAAUUGUCCUUUCUGUUUUGUAGGCAUUAUUGAGUUAAAAAGAUUUUCGUUGGACUUAACAGGACGUUUAUGAAUCAUGCUUCAUUCAGUUUGCUUUGCAAACUGAAACAACCUUGAUAACAGUUAUACCCUAACCUGCCAUUCAUUUAGACUUAUUUUGCCUCUAUCAAAAGGCUGUUGAACGCUUUGAAAGACACAUUUACUAAUGGCAUUUAGUUUCAAAGAUCGUUCUUGUUGUAAUAGUUAUUAUACAAUGAUACAUAAGAGCAGAAUGAUAUUGUGUGUUAUAAAAACUAAUAUUCACACAUUCACGGUGAAUGGGUGAUUGACUGAAUGUAGUGGGAAGAGCUUUGGGGUCCUCUGGACUUGAUAAAGCGCUAUAAUCACAGAAAUGUUCUUCUCUAAAUUUGAUUGACACAUAAAUACAUACAUAUAUUUUUCAUAUAAAUGGUUGAAUGUAUCUUUUAAUCUCUUAUUUAAGUCAGCUCUGAAUACAGACCAUUCAGACUCUAUAGCACAAUUAAUAUUAACAUUUCCACAUCCCUCCAUAUGUGCAUUGACAUAUUUUAUUAGUUAUUUUAACUGCUCUAACGGCAUUUGAAAAUGUAAACAAAAUAAAAAAAAUAUUUUCACCUGUUUGUAAUCUAAAUAGGUUUAUUUUCAAUAUUAGUUUGUGGUCAAAAUGAACAGUUCAUGUCCAAACUGUAUAAUAUAGGUUCUAUAAAAAUAUCCAGUUUUAUUUAUUCUUGGUCAGCUUCAUUCUCAGACCUGUUCCAAACCAGCUUUGGGAUAUGUGUAGCAUAUUUCUCUCCUUUAUACUCAUGUGCAUUUUUUAUAUAUUUUUUUUGAGACAGAAACAAAGAGGGCCAGUACAAAUUGCCACUUGAGAGUUUGUGCAAUAUGGUGAGAGGUUAACUUGCAUGUAAUGUCCAUAUGUAAUUAUUUUGUUUUUGUAUGUGUUAUAUGAUAGUCUUUCUUUGAAUCAUUUAAGUCUUUCUUUGUUUCUUGAGACAAUUCAAACAGGGCACAAGACGCAUCUCUUUGUAUUUCAAAACAUUUGACUUUUUAUUCCAGUCAUUUGUGACAAUGCAUGUCACAUCACAUACUGGUCACAUUGCAGUUUCACCCUGCUUGACCUUUGUCCUCUGAGUCCUCUGUGAACCAAAAACAUAACAAAUCUGUGGACUGACAUGUUGACUUUGAAUUGUGUUCAUGGUAUUAUCUUCAGACCGUGUGGUGGGGUUGUCAGUUCUGAAGACAGGACGUCUCACCAUUUAAUACAUUCCAGAUGAAUAUUCAGCACACUGUUAUCAAUAUACGGUUCCUCCCUUAUUUGCAGUACUGACAUACUUUUUGAUAUGAUAGGGUAGGGAAACUGCCCGGGUUAAAGCAACUUUUGUUUCCGUCACAACAGUGAAAAUAGACAGGAUGUCAAUUCAUCCACUUGUAAACCCUGCAGUGUUAUCUUUGUGCUCAUGUGAGCAACAUUUUACCAUUUUAAGUGGUUUAAUUUGUUGAGAAUUAACUUUGGUAAUUAAUUUUUUGUGUUGUUGUUCUUCCCAGAGACUCUGUUUCUAAAAUCAUCCUAAUAAAGUAAAUUUGAGAGAUA